UGAUAUUAAUGUAUGAUUUUAUAAAUUAUAAUAUAAAUGUAAAAGUACAUGGUUUUUUUGUACAUGAUUAGCAUAUAAAAGUUAAAGUUAAUACAAAAUUUGGUUUUGUUUGCUAAGAUAAAACUUUUUUGUUUGACACAUUUAAUGCUUGAUACAUGAAAAUUUACAAUAAUUUUGACUUUGAAGUUUUCUUUUUUAAUAAUGUUUUUGAAUGUUUCCGUAUACUAAUGUAAAGAAAAAAAGUAUGAUUAUAUGAAAAAAACAAAUUAAAACAUACUAGAUGACAAAUGGCCUGUCAUAACUUAACCAUGUCAUUAAAAUAAAUCCCCAAUACUCAAUUUAAAUUUCUGAAAAUGACUAAUGUGCUAAAUAGUGUCAAUAAAAUUUCACAUGUUUUUUUUCUAAAGAAUUGUAAUUCUGAUAGUAGACUGACGAAUUAUGUCAAAAAAAAGCUAUUGUAAUCAGUAUAAACUCAAUCAAAUACUUGAACAAGUUGAAGUUCUUUCAGAUGUAGUGGAUGAACUUAGGACGGAAUUGAACCAUUUAAAGAAAAUAUCCUUCAACGUGAAUCAUAAAAAUAUCUGUUUCGAAUCUAUAAAGGAAAAUAAAGAUUACAUUAGCGCAAGUUUGUUACAAAAGGUUUGUAAAUCUUCAAACCAUUGCACGAAGAAAAGAGAUCAAGGACCAAUAGCAACUAAAUUUUCAGUGAUGUAUGGCUUGAAAUACUUUAAGAACAAGAUUAUUAAAAAUAUAGAAAAUAUUCGAAAGAUUCAACAAUCUUCAAAGAAUACUAAGAAUAAAUGUAUGACUCUCAGUCAACAACAUCAAGAAACAUGUUUCUUGCAAGAAAAAGAAAUACAAGCAUCUUUGAAUAUAAGCAAAAACAUAAUUAAAUACAUUAAUAAUGAAAGAUCAAGUAAUUCAAUAGACACUUCAUUUAGAUCCGAUAUUUCUACACAAACAGAGACUGUUGUAUGUUCACAAGAAAGCAAUGAAAGAAAAUUGGACACAUGUAAUCGACUUGCAAAUCGAGACGUGAUGAUAGAUAGCGUGCAAAAUAAUCCGUUGUCAUCUAUAAAUAACGAUCGAUCAAUGAUUUAUUUGAAUCGAUUUGCAGAAUUAUCGAAAAAUCGUGUGAAACAAAUGUUUUUGAAAAAUAAAAUAAAGAAAUGUAGAAAAUGUUCAUGCAUGGAGCGAUGUCCUUAUGCGUUAAACAAAUUGCCAUGUAAUAGGUAUAAAUGCAGUACGCCAAAACAAAAAGUAAAUGACGAAAUUAACGGAUUGAUGCUUGAAUGUAUAAAUUUUAAGGAAAAGAAUAAUUUUCCGAAGUUUAUAAGAAUCAAUACCGUACAGAAUGGUAAAUGUGCUACGAAUUCUUCGCCUCUUGAAGUUGGAUUGAAUAAAUCCUCAAUUUCUUCACUUUCUUUGGAUCUCAAGUUUAACACCUGUAGCAAUUAUUGCGAUUCAAAGAGACUAAGCAAAUUUAUCAAGUGAAAAAAAUUAGAACGUAUAUCAUCAAAUAAAACGAAAGGUUAUUAAAAAUAAAGGAUAUUAAAAAUUGUUAAGCUAAGAGUGAAUUAUCUUUCAAUGUAAUUUCUUCGUGGAGGAAUAUAAGCGAAAAAAAAAA